AUGGCCGAGACCCAAUACCCUCCCCUGGAUGCGCCUCCAAUAAACUCAUCCGAACCAUGGCAGGGCAAUUCGGUGCAGAAAGACGGCACUGAGGAAAGCGUCUCUAGCGAUGAUGCAGAGUUCAAAUACGAGUAUCCUAAAGGGCUUGCCCUCACACUUAUCCUCACAUCGGUUACCCUAGCUUAUUUUCUAUUUUUCCUUGAUCUUGCCGUCAUCUCCACAGCCACUCCAGCCAUUACGUCCGAGUUUGACUCGCUGGUGGAUGUUGGUUGGUAUGGCGGUGCUUACCAGCUUGGAAGUGCCGCGUUCCAACCAUUGAGCGGAAAGAUUUACAGCCAGUUCUCCAUAAAGGUAAUCGUUGGUCUUCGGCCAAGGCUUCACUCUUGCCUCUGGACGUUCCUUGUAUUCUUUUUUGUCUUCGAGGUUGGCUCUGCCAUAUGCGCAGCGGCUCAGUCAUCGCCCAUGUUCAUCAUCGGGCGCGUUAUUGCAGGCGUAGGGUCUGCCGGAGUGGCCAACGGCGCUGUGACAACUAUUUCUACUGUCCUCCCAACGAAGAAACAAGCGCUUUUUAUGGGAAUCAACAUGGGGAUGGGCCAGUUAGGCCUUGCAACGGGACCUAUCAUCGGAGGGGCUUUUACCACCGGCGUGUCGUGGCGGUGGUGUGCUGUCGUCGGCGGAUUCCUUCUUUUCAACACUAUCCCCGAACGGAAACAGAAGAAUCCGCCCCUAGAGAUCCUUGGCACGGCGGUCAAGUCUCUAGACCUCCCGGGAUUUAUGCUUGUUUGCCCCGCGGUCGUCAUGUUUCUCUUGGGACUCCAGUUCGGCGGCAAUCAACAUCCCUGGAAUAGUUCGGUUGUGAUUGGCUUACUAGUUGGCGGUGCCGUCACCUUUGGCGUUUUUGUGCUCUGGGAGCGUCGUCAGGGAGACGAGGCUAUGGUCCCGUUUGCCAUGCUGAAACAUAGAGUCAUCUGGUCGGCCGCAAUGACAAUGUUCUUCAGCCUGUCUAGUAUCCUAGUGGCUGAUUUCUAUAUCGCAAUUUACUUCCAAGCAAUCCUCAAUGACUCGCCCUUCAUGAGCGGCGUGCACAUGCUCCCAACCACACUUGGUUUGGUCUUAUUUACGCUUGUCUCCGGCGUGCUGAGUGCGAUAUCAGCUAUUGGCUAUGGCCUCUUAUCGACACUUGCUCCUACAACCCCAGCUGCAAAAUGGAUUGGAUACCAGAUCCUGUACGGUGUUGCAAGCGGAUGCACGACAGCUGCUCCGUACAUCGCCAUCCAAAACCUCGUGCCUGCAGAGCAAAUCCCCCAAGCCAUGGCCAUUAUAAUUUUCUGGCAAAAUAUCGGGGCCUCCACUUCUCUGAUCGCCGCAAAUGCUAUUUUCAGCAACACCCUUCGUCAGCAGCUCCAACAGCGCAUUGUACAAGUCGGCCGUGCUCCAGAUGUCAUCAUUGCGGCCGGGGUCCGCUCCAUCCGCGACCUGGUGUCUGGAUCCCAGCUAACUGCUGUGCUCGCAGCAUACGCCAAAAGCAUCGACAGCGUCAUGUACCUUGGCAUUGCUGUUAGCAUCGCCGUUAUUGCUUUUGCUCCGGGACUUGGAUGGAAGGAUAUUCGCAAGGUCAAAGAUCUCGAGGCCAUUACCAGCGAGUCGCCUAACGGCGGCGAGAAAGAAGCGACAGGGGCCAACAAGUAGGACAAAUCGUCAGCGUUGUAUUGAAUACAUCUGUAAUCGCUUCUCUUCGCAUGAUCUCCGGCUGCUGAGCAUUCAAUUCAAUAAGUCGGAGGUAGGUAUUUCUAUUUUUUAUGGAAUAAUCGAUUUCUAUUUCCGGAUUGCCUGAAAACAUUUUUAUACUACCUUUGUAAUUUAGAAAUAGGCUCUGUUCAAGUGUAGGUGUGUUGGUUGGAUGGUGUAUACACAUUACACAUACAGCCUUUAAUAUUACCCGUUAGUGGCUUGUCCGACCGAAUUUCUCUCAUUGGAUGGACAAGAAUGAUAAGAAGGACAAACUGUUCGCAUGCAAAGAG